AUGUCCCUGCUAGUGAGAGCCAUCACUGGCCUGCUCGGCCUUCUUAUUCUCAAGUCCUUUUUGACUCGCAAGAAGUUUCUGGCCCCACUCCCCCCGGGCCCCAAGCCAAAGCCGAUCAUCGGGAACCUGCUCGACCUACCAUCCAAGGGAGAAGCAGAUUGGCUGCAUUGGUAUAAACACAAGAAGAUCUAUGGCCCUAUCAGUUCGGUACAGGUCUUUGGAGAGACCCUCAUAAUCGUUAACGAUGCCCGUAUUGCAGUUGAGUUGAUGGAGAAGCGUUCAGUUAUACACUCAGAUCGACCUAGCCUAACAUUUAUCGAAAUGUUCGCAAUCACCGCCCCGGGAAGCAUGAGGAACAACAAUGACCCGCGAGUUCGUGCUGAGCGGAAGCUAUUCUAUCAACAAAUUGGAUCAAACAACUCUGUUGCGCGGUUCAACUACAUUCAGGAGGCUGAAGUUGGUCGUUUCCUGGUUCGGGUGCGUGAUAACCCCGAAGGGUUGCAAGACCACAUACGGAAACAAGCAGCAGCAAUCAUCCUGAAACUAGCAUAUGGAUACAGUGUUGUGCCACAUGGGGAUGACCCACUGGUGGAUCUUAUAGGCCGGGCAAUGGGCAAUUUCGGCGCGGCCCUUGUUCCCGGGGUGUGGCUAGUGGAUUUCGUUCCAUUCUUGAGGCACAUUCCGACCUGGUUCCCAGGUGCCACAUUUGCACGCGUUGCAGAGACCUUCCGAGAAAGCGCCCGAGCCUGGAACUGUCAACCGUACGAGUUUGUCCGGUACCAGAUGUCGCAGAAGAAGCACGCGCCAUCUUAUAUAUCCGGCUUAAUCGAGGAGAAGGGUGUCCCAGAGCCAGGCUCCUUUGACGAGGUUGUCAUGAAAUGGUCAGCCGCGGCAAUGUACGGUGGAGGAUCCGACACGGCAAGCACUACCCUCUGAACCCCGUAAGCCGUAUCUAAUUACAUACCAGACCAUUUCCACCAUGGGCGGACUUUUCCUUGCGAUGGUUCUCUACCCGGACGUACAGCGAAAGGCACAGGAAGAAAUCGACCGAGUUGUUGGAACAGACCGUCUUCCCGGCUUCGACGAUCGCGACAACCUCCCUUAUAUCAACGCAAUGGUCAAAGAAUCCCUCCGUUGGCACUCCGUGCUUCCAAUGGGAGUUGCGCACUGCUCGUCGGAGGAUGACAUGUGCGAAGGCUACUUUAUCCCCAAAGGCUCCCAGAUCCUGCCGAAUCAAUGGGCCUUCACUCACGACCCAGAUGUUUAUCCCGAUCCAAUGGCCUUCAAGCCAGAACGAUUUCUAGCAACUGAGAACCACACUCCCGAACGCGACCCCCAUCUCCUCGCCUUCGGGUUCGGCCGUCGUAUCUGUCCCGGCCGCACACUGGCAGAUGCCAACAUCUACCUGAGCAUUGCGCAGUCGCUGGCCGUAUAUCGCUUCACUAAGGCCAUCAAAAACGGUAAGGAAGUGGACGUAGAGCCGAAGUUCUUGACCGGAGCAAUCAGUCACGUGGCGCCGUUCGAGGUGGGCAUUAAGCCCCGAAGUCAGCAGCACGAGGCGCUGCUGCAGGCGUUGGAGGCCAAAUUCCCGUGGGAAAAGGGUCACGCGGAGGAACUCAGUCAGGUGAAGUUUUGA